GGACGCCUACGACAGCAUCUCCAUCGACGUGGAGCUGGCGCGGCGCGAGGGCUGGUGCUUCGGGGCCAAGCUGGUGCGGGGGGCCUACAUGGCGCAGGAGCGCGAGCGCGCGGCCCAAGUGGGCUACGAGGACCCCAUCAACCCCACCUACGAGGCCACCAAUGCCAUGUACCACAGGUGCCUCAACUAUGUCUUGGAAGAGAUCAAACACAACAACUGGGCCAGCGUCAUGGUGGCCUCCCACAACGAGGACUCGGUCAGGUUCACCAUUCAGAGGAUGGAAGAGCUCAACCUGCACCCCUCGGAGAAGAAAGUGUACUUCGGCCAGCUCCUGGGCAUGUGUGACCAGAUCAGCUUCCCCCUGGGUCAGGCCGGCUUCCCCGUCUACAAGUACGUCCCGUACGGCCCCGUGCAGGAGGUGCUGCCCUACCUGUCCCGCCGAGCGCUGGAGAACCGCGGCAUGAUGAAGGGGGCGCAGCGCGAGCGCCAGCUUCUGCGCCAGGAGCUCAAGCGGAGGCUGCUCAGCGGGAACCUCCUGUGCCGCCCGGCCGAGGAGGGGAGGCGCCUCCGGACAGAAGGACGCCGCUGAGCCCCCGGGAGCAGCCCCCGCGGACGGGGAGGCCGAGCCGAGCCUCGAGGGAGCCCGCAGGGCAGGCCUGGCCACCCGGGCUGGGCACAAGGGCGCCCCCCAACCCGGCCUGCAGCCCUCAGGGGGGCCCCCGGCACGGCUGCCCCCUUCCAGGAGGGCCGCGAAAGCACUGAUGUUCGUCUACCUCCCAAAGCCUUCUGGAGCUCGAGCUGGGCACGCGCCAGCCCAGCCACACCGCCGCCGUCUUUUGGGGGGCCCACGCAGGCCGAGGAACCUGGGAGGGGGCCGAGGGACCCCCCUGCCUCCCCCGUCAGACCAAGGCCAAAACGGCCCCAUUAAAAGUAUCCUGAAACCUUC